AUGGACGACGACGAUGAUUUCGGUGCAGAUGCAGACUUUCUUGCAGCUCUCGCACAAGCUCCCGUUUUAGUCCCAGCUGCAACCCACGUUCAACGACCUACCCCGCAACGCGUUCAACAACCCACUCCACAGCGUCUCGAUCGCGCACCACCGACAAAUAAUGCCUCCGUAGGUCCCAAAGUUGUUCAACCAAUUCCACAAGCUAUUGCAUCGCGCUCUACUGGCUCAACAAUUCUAGUCUCACUGCGGCAGAAAGGCAACCCAAUACUGACAAACCUCAAAUCCUUUGCAUGGGAAUACUCAGACAUUCCAGCAGAUUAUGUUCUUGGAUUGACAACAUGCGCUCUCUUCCUAUCACUUAAAUACCAUCGAUUACAUCCGGAAUACAUAUACAAUCGAAUAAAGGAUUUACAGGGUAAAUACAAUCUAAGAGUACUUCUUACAAUGGUUGAUAUUGGGAAUCAUGAAGAGAGUCUGAAGGAAUUAGCCAAGACGAGUUUGGUGAACAAUGUUACUGUCAUAUUAUGCUGGUCCGCAACAGAGGCUGCAAGAUACCUUGAGUAUUACAAGAGUUACGAACAUGCAAAUGCUAGCGCUAUCAAAGGUGUUGAAAGUAAGGGAUAUACGGAAAAAAUGGUAGAUUUCAUUACAGUCCCGAGGAAUAUCAAUAAAACGGACGCACUCUCAUUGGUUGAUGCAUUUGGAAGCAUCAAGGAUGCUAUCAAUGCGAGACCUGAGGAAAUUGCUGUUAUUAAUGGUUGGGGAGAGAGAAAGGUUAAAAGAUGGUGCGGGGUUGUCGAUGAACCAUUCAGAGCACGAAAGGCAGCUCGUAGAGGCUUGAGUAGGAAGGAAACAACACAAGAUGGGGCGGAGCAAUCGGAAGGAAUUCUAGAUCGUGCCAUACCUCUUAGUCGUGUUCCGUUGAGGGAAAUGAGUUCUCUAGGAGAUAAAUCAGUUGAAUCAUCACCACGGAGACAAAUUCCACCAAAAGAUAGACAGGAUGAGUGGGUACCCGGUGAUGACGACGAAGAAGCUCAAGUCGCAGCCGCUCAGCAAGAAGAAGAAGAUAGAUUGGCCCGAGAGAAGAAGAAAGAGGCGAGAAGAGAUGAAGAGCUCAGUGGAGGAGUCGCCGCAGCUUUAGCAAAAUUACGAGAGAGACCCUGA